AUGGCUAGUGAGUCCGCGGGAGCUGCCGUUGCUUCCCAGCACACCUCAAUCCCUCGUUCCAGGUCGACUCGCCUGGCAGACCAGGCCGCCUCUGCUGCACUAUACGUGACCCACCCAGAUCGUCGAUUAUCCGUUCGCGAACCUGCUACCGCCAACACCCAGUUGUUCCGUGAUUCAACCGGACAUCUCGAUCUCAGCAGCGCGUCCGCUUCGGCUGCCAUUCUCGCUCACACGAGAAGUAAACCGUUAGAAGUCUGGAGACCGUCCGCGCAGCCCGCUGCGGAAAAGGCCGCCUACCAUGCCCGCGACUACCGCGCUCCUGAAGCCAUCUAUGUGGCCAAAGCGACCCCAGAAGGACACAAGGCCGCGACCUCAGCCAUCAGAGACCGGCGAUCGAUUACGAGCAUCCCUGCAACGCCUGCCGGUGUGAACCUGGAUCUUUCCGAAGCUGAGCGCACGGCCGGCCUACAGCGACGAGCGAGUGAGCGGGAAAAGGCACGUCUAGCCGCGACCGGGGCAUAUAAUCUGAGCAGGAGACGAGCCAGCACGACCCCGAGUAAGCCCGCCGUUCCGGAAGGCCAGCCUCUUGCAGCCUCAGCAGCUGGUGCGUCCCGUGGAACAGUCCAGGAUCCUACUGAAAUCAACCCAUUGGAAGACUUGGACGCUGCCAAUGAAGCAAGUAGGCUUACACACUUGACCAACACCGACUCGCAACUCUACGGCUCGCGUUCACGCUUCCCUGACGACCCUGAAGAAUUGAGAAGAAGAAAUGUGCAGCGUGCAGCGGUGGUUUCCAUGUCGCGCGACAUGUACAACAUUAUCGAGUCAAAGGAAGAACAACCGGGUACGGCGGCAUACGCUGCUCAGAUAACACAAGGUCGCGCACGCUCGCAGAAGUCGCUUCAACAAGAUGGCAAUAUCAACAAGGCACUGCAGCAAGCACUUAAUAUACAAGGUCUCGCACACAAACGGGCCCAAGAGAAACUGGCAUUGAUGCACGACGAGAAUGCCGCCUUCCAGGAAUAUUACGGUACAACUCCUCAGCCGCCACGUCCCACCUUGAGCGUUCUUCGGAGAAGAGCCUCCAGUGACACGGACAUGGAGCGAUCCAAGGAAAUCCGGUAUCAGAUGUCAUCGCUGCGGACCAAGUUGGACGCGGUGGAUGAAAAGCGAGAGAAGGAUCGUUCUCAGCUCAUGGAAGCUGCCAGGAGAAAUGUGGACGCCGCAAUUCAAGACAUGGACCAGUGGGUCUACGACUCGACUGGUCGAGCGCCACCAUCUGUGUGGGAGAAAUACGAAGAGGCGGCCGAGGAGCGCCUGAAGGAAGAGCAGCAACAGCAAGCUCAAGAAUAUCCUGAUCGAGUCAACAUCGGUGCGCAACGGUACAUCGACAUGGCCGAUGUUGAGGCCGUUGCCCGGUCUCGGGUUCAGCCUACUCUUGACGAGAUUCACGACCACGCGGAGAAACAGAGAGCCAAGGAAUUGGAAGAACGUCUAGAUGCGGAGCAGAGGCAAAGACGUGAAGCUACCGAACGUGAGAGGGAUGCUGAAUUGAAAGCUGAGGAGAAGCGGAUGAGGGAAUCCCUGAAGAAAGGACCCAAGAGCAAAAAAUCGAAGCGAGGCCGUGCCCAAGAGCCUCCCAUUGAAAAGGCAGAAGCCACCGGGGCUAUUGGAGCUGGAGUUGGAGCUGGAGCCGGAGCCGGUGAAGGAGCCGCAGAAGCUGAACCAGAAGCACCCGUUGACACCACGACAUCAGGAGAAGAUUUACCAGAGAUGUUUCGAUCCCAAACUGCUGAAGGAGAAAACGGGCUCGUGGUACCUAGCACUGAACCGAAAGAAACACAGCCGCGCAGGUCUGAAUCAAAAUUGAAGAACUGGUUCCGUGGUCGACGUCGCACAGGCCGUGGAUCCCGGGGUGGACGGGCAACCGAAGCAGCCAAGGAACAACCCCAAGCCCAGAAAGAAACAAGCACAGCACCAGUCACUGGCACCGGUGCUGGUGCCAGUACAGCUGAAGAAGCCGAAGGGACAGAAGAAGCAGAAGCUACAGGUACCCGGGAUCGUUCCCGAAGUGCAGCACUCAGUUCUCACCCGAUUACUGGGGAUGAGCUGAAUGAGAUGCAGCGUAGACGCUCCUCUGUGCUCAGCACCAAUGGAGAAGCUCCGCAGCGGUCACCUGCUAAAGAGAAUGGGAACGGGAACCGACGAUCCUCUUGGUUCCGGAACAGCCUGAUGAAGCCAUUCUCACGGAAUAGCGAGUCCAAGGCAAACGGCAACGGCGUCGCAGCAGCAGGAGGCGCAACAUCAAAGGACUCCGAAAUAGCUGACCCUUCUGAGGCUCGACAAGCAUCAACAGCUGCAAACCGAGAAGAUCUCCGCGAAAGCGCCGCUGAGCAGGGCUUGCCCGCACCACCUGCCAUUGGCAAGGAGGCGAGUAAUAGUACUGCUCGGGAGUCACGAUUUUCAGAAGAUCUGUAA